AUGCCAUCGUUAGCAUUUAGCUUCCACUGGCUAGUACUCCCUCCUGCGAUGCUUUUGCAAUCCUAUGUUCCGUGCACCUGCGAGAGCUUCAACGGCAAGUACAACCCACACGGUAGCGGGCAGAAGCUUCAAAACGGCUCAAACGGCUAUCAGGCACCAGCGUGCACUCGGUCCCUCGGACCUUCUCACGCAUAUGAAGUAGAUGCUUUGGGUCAGGAGAAUUGUCGGAAGACAUUACCAUUGCUGAUAGUCUCGAGUAUGGCACAUGCAGGAAGUGGAUAUUGCCCCACAGAUGAUGCAGAGGCUGACUCCGAUGACAAUCCAGACUACGGCAACGAUGGUGUGGGGGACGAAGAUAUCGAUUUGCCGGAGGGUGAAAUGGGACGAGCCUAUCCUGCUGACGACAGUGACCCGGGUGCAUUCAGCUGUAACCCCGAUGCUGAGAUUUUCGAACUGAACCUUGAAGAUUCGGUGAACUCUGAUGAAGAAAUGCUGACUGAGGGCAACCGUGACGGCGAUAAUGAAUUCUGCCAUGAAUCAAUGAUGACGAGCGAUUGA